AUGACUGACGGCUUGGAUGCCUGGUUUAGUUUCUCACCCUCGGGUUGGCUGCUCCUGGUCGUGGCCCGCUCUCUUGCAUCUCACCUGCUGCUGGAGGUCUCAUGUGGCGUCUCCACCUCUCGCUGCUGCCCCACCCUCAGCCUGCUGCAUGUGUCUGGACCAGGGCUGGAGUGUGUCUGGAUGCAGCCUGGAACCUGGGGGGGCUCUGCUUCAGUGUUAGCCUUGCCGACAUCUGGGUUACGGGAUCUCAUGUUUCUCAUUCCUCUCCCUUCUGGUCUCAGCUUCUGGUUUCAGCCACUGGUCUCAGCCGCUGGUCUCAGCUGGUCUCAGUGUGGUCUCAGUGAGCCUCUGAUCUCAGUGAGCCUCUGGCCUCAGUGA